AUGAGAGCGGUUGUGCUUGCCCUGACUGUGGCCUUCGUGGGUGAUGAAACUGUGCUUACAGCUCUGGAAUUUGCUGCUGGCAAAACUUACAUCUACAAGUAUGAAACGCUGAUCCUGGGCGGCCUGCCGGAGGAAGGUCUGGCACGAGCCGGACUCAACUUCACCAGCAAAGUCCUCAUCAGUGCUCAAGGCCAAAACAACUACAUGCUGAAGCUUGAGGAUUAUGCGUUCUACGAGUACAAUGGCAUUUGGCCUCAGGAGAAGUUCGUCAAGGCGAGCACGCUGACUUCAGAGCUGAAAAGUCAGUUUGACAAGGCCAUCAAGUUUGAAUAUGCCGGCGGCAUGGUCGACAAGAUGUACGCCCCUCUGGAAGUCUCGCCGAUGGUGCUGAACAUCUACAGAGGUAUCCUGGGCGUCCUUCAGCUCAACAUCAAGAAGACGCACAAUGUCUACGAACUGCAGGAGGCUGGAACUCAGGGAAUUUGCAAGACCCUCUACGCCAUUUCUGAAGACGAGAAAGCCGAGCGCAUCCUUCUGACCAAGACCAGGGACAUGAACCACUGUCAGGAGAAGAUCAUCAUGGACAUGGGGUUGGCGUACAUGGAGAAAUGCGUCAAGUGCCAGGAGGACAUCAAAAACCUCAGAGGAACCACCACAUACAGCUACGUCCUGAAGGAAGUUGAGGGUGGCGUCGAGCUCAGGGAAGUGAGAGCAUUCGAGCUGAUCCAGUUCUCACCUUUCAGUGAGAAGAAAGGAGCUGCUCAGAUGGAGACCAGGCAAUCCUUGAUCUUUAAAGAGUACCGUCAAAUCGGUAUGCAACCCAUCAGUGCUCAGUAUGUUCACCAUGGAUCUCUCAAGUAUGAGAUCCCCACUGACCUCAUCCACACACCCAUUCAGAUGAAUAAGACCAGCAGUGCAACCCCCCUGGUCGUUCAGAUUGACGAGAUUCUGAAACACCUGGUGUCCCACAAUGAGGAGACUGUGCACGAGGACGCCCCCAUGAAGUUUGUGGAAUUAUUUCAGCUCCUCCGUAAAAUGAAGCAUGAAGACCUGGCCAACCUCUGGAAGAAAUACAUCAACAUGCCUGUCUAUAGACGAUGGCUCUUGGAUUCCAUCACUGUCACCGCAACUCCUGCUUCUCUGCAGUUCUUCAAGGACCAACUCCUGGCUGAGCAGCCCCCGGCUGACCCGUCCCUGGCUAGCCAGCCCCAGGUUGAGCAGCCGUCGAUUCUUGAAGUAGCUCAGGCUCUGAUUGGCUCUAUCCACAUGGUGACAGCAAGCAAUGAGUCCUUGGAGCUGUUCCGGAUGGUGAUCAACAACAAACAAUUCAUGGAGAAGCCAAUUCAGCGUGAAAUCCUCCUCCUUGGUUAUGGUACCAUGAUCUACAGGCACUGCUCUGAGAUGACUGCUUGUUCUCCUGAACUCCUAAAAUCCAUCUAUGACCAUUUCACAAAGAGCGACUUGGAAAAGGAAGAGAAUGUGAUCCUGUACCUGAAAGCUCUCGGAAAUGCCGGGCACCCUGCUAGCCUCAAGAAAAUCUCAAAGUACCUGCCCAUUCAUGGCACCGCAGCUGCAAAUCAGCCUACGAAAGUCCACGCCGAAGCCAUCAUGGCAAUGAGGAACAUUGCUAAGAAGGAGCCCAGGAUGGUCCAGGAGUAUGCUCUUCAGCUCUUCAUGGACAGUGCUCUUCCCCCAGAGCUCCGUAUGCUGUCUUGCAUUGUGAUGUUUGAGACAAGGCCUCCGAUAGCUCUGGUGAUCACUCUCGCCAACAUUGUGAAGAGGGAGAAGAAUCUGCAGGUUGCAAGCUUCACUUACUCUCACAUGAAGUCUCUGACCAGAAGCACCAGCCCCAUCCACGCCCCACUGGCUGCCGCUUGCAACGUCGCCCUCAAGAUCUUAGGCCCACAGCUGGACAGACUGAGCAUGCGCUACAGCAGAGCCAUCCAUAUGGAGACCUACAGCAGUCCUUACAUGCUUGGUGCUGCUGCCAGCGCUUUCUACAUCAACGACGCCGCCACCAUUCUUCCCAAAUCCAUCAUGGCUAAGACCAGAGCCUACAUCGCAGGAGCUGCCGCUGACAUUCUGGAGGUUGGAGUGAGAACCGAGGGACUGCAGGAGGCCUUACUGAAAAACCCUUCGCUUCUUGACAAUGCCGACAGGAUCAACAAGAUGAAGCGUGUCAUCAGCGCCUUGUCCCAGUGGAGGUCUCAGCCCAACAGCAAGCCCUUGGCCUCUUUCUACGUCAAGCUCUUUGGACAAGAAGUUGCGUAUGCCAACAUUGACAAAACCUUGGUCAAUCAGGCCAUCGAGGUACGAGUCCAACAACCACUUGUCAACUUCAACGCCACUCGGAAGCUUGGUAGAGAGGCUGUCCAGACCCUGCAAGAUGGUGCUUCCUACCACUUCGCCAAACCUCUGCUGAUCACUGAGGUGCGUCGCAUACUGCCGACCAUCGCAGGUAUUCCAAUGGAGCUCAGUCUGUACACCGCUGCCGUGACCGCUGCAAAGAUUAAAGUUUCUGCCAGCAUAACACCAGCUCUGCCAGACAACUUUGCUCUUGCUGACCUUUGGCAAAAAGACAUUCGGCUGAGCACUGAGAUCAGACCAAGUGCUGUUGCAAACUCAUUUGCUGUGAUGGGGGUGAACACUGCUUACAUCCAGGCUGCCCUAGUUACAAGAGCUAAACUCAACUUCACCUCACCGGUCAAAAUUGGCGCGAGUUUCAACAUGCAGGAGGAGAGCUUUAAGAUCGAAGCUCUGCCCGUUUCAGUGCCUGAACCCUUUGCAGCUGCAGAAGUUGAGAGUUUUGCUACAACAAGAAUGAAUGACGAAACUGCUCCUAAACUCACUCCUAUCAUCCCUAUAAAACGCUCAAAAUCCCGCUCAACGGAGAUUCUCACAUCUAAGGUUGCGUCUUCUGCUGUUGUCAGUUCCAAAUCUUCGGAGAUCCUUUCCCAGGAAGAGCAAGCUGCCAGGCAGAACCAAUCCAGAGUGUUGAAGAAGAAGUACUGUGCUAAGAUGGUUGGUGUUGGACUGAAGGCCUGCUUCAAGGUUGCCACCCAAAACGUUUCGUACCUCCAGGACACUCCUCUGUACAAAGCGGCUGGAAGAUAUGCUGUUGCUCUUUCUUUCAAACCCAUUGAAGGUGAAACCGUUGAGAGACUGGAGAUGGAGGUUGCAGUUGGACAGAGGGCUGCAGAGAAGCUCAUCAAACAGAUCACCGUGAGCCAAGAAGCCAUCCGUGAGGGAAGACCAAUCCUGAUGAAGCUCAAGAGAAUCCUGGUUCCUAAUGCUGGCAAUAGCUCGUCUUCCUCCUCCUCCUCCUCCUCCUCUUCCGCCUCCCUCUCCUCUUCUAGGUCCAGCAGGUUCAGCAGCUCCAAGUCCUCCUCUUCCAGCUCCUCAUCUCGCCCCAGCAGCAAAGUCAAUGAUACAGCUGUUCAACUCGUCAAACACCACCGCAGUCACCGCAGCAGCAGCAGUAGCAGUAGCAGCAGCAGCAGCCGCAGCAGCAGCAGCAGCAGCAGCAGCAGCAGCAGCAGCAGCAGCAGCAGCAGCAGCCGCAGCAGCAGCCGCAGCAGCAGCAGCAGCAGCAGCAGCAGCAGCAGCAGCAGCCGCAGCAGCAGUCGCAGCAGCAGCAGCAGCAGCAGCCGCAGCAGCCGCAGCAGCAGCCGCAGCCACAGCUCUGUUAGGUCCAGGUUCAGGUCUUCCAGUUCCAGCUCCGCAUCAAGCCUUGCAUCGCUCUUCAGUGGAAGUUCAAGCUCUUCUAGCUCCAGCUCCCGCCACUCAAGGCAUGUGAGUCAGUCAAAGAGGUUCAGGAAGAACCACAAGAAACAGGGUCUCAAUUCCAAGGCCACCUCGUCAGCACGUUACAAUAGCAGCAGCAGCGCCUCAAGCUUUGAGAGUGUCUACAAACAGAACAAAUUCCUGGGCAGUGAAGCUGCUAUCUUGGCCGUCGUCUUCCGCGCUGUUAAGGAAAACAAGAAGAUGCAGGGAUACCAAGUCGCCACCUACCUAGACAAACCUACCGCCAGACUUCAGGUUAUUCUAGCUCCCUUGGCUGUUGAUUCCAAGUGGAAGAUCUGUGCUGAUGGAGUUCUGUCUAGCAAGCACAAAGCCAUGGCUAGAUUCAGUUGGGGACCAGAGUGCAGCAAAUACAACACUACAGUGACCGUUGAAACUGGUCUCGUUGGUAAAAAGCCUGCAGCUCGCAUCAGAGUGCAGUGGAAGAGAAUCCCUUCUACCAUGAAGCACUAUGCUAAGAUGGCAUUUAAGGGCAUUCCUUCUCGGAUGCUCUCCGACUUGUUUAGAGGAAAGGACAGAAACAGCACCAAGCAGAUCUCACUGACUGUGUUUAGAGCGUCUAACCGGUCCCUUGAGUUUAUCUGGAAAACACUAAGGCAUAAUGUCUACAGGCUGCAUCUUCCCAUCAAUCUGCCAUUUGACAUCAGACAUAUCUUCAAUGAUUCAAUCGACGACAUUAUUUCCCAUGCUGGUGCAGCUGAAUGCCUCUCCUCCCAAGACACCAUUAAAACUUUCAAUAACAGGACAUACUCCAACAAGACGCCCCAAUCCUGCUAUCAGAUUCUGGCAGCGGAUUGCACACAGGACCUGAAAUUCAUUGUUCUGCUGAAGAAGGACGCCCAGGAGCACAACCACAUCAACAUUAAGAUUGCUGACAUCGAUGUUGACCUCUACCCGAAGGACGGGCAGGUGGUUGUCGAGGUCAACUCGAGGGAAAUGCCCAUUAGAAGCCAGUCCUACCAGCAUCCCACAGAAGAUAUCAGGAUCAGACAGAUAGGUGAAGGCAUCUCGGUGGUGGCACCUAAAUAUGGUCUCACUGAGGUCUACUUUGAGAAGAACUCAUGGAAGAUUAAGGUUGCCGACUGGAUGAAGGGACAGACCUGUGGACUCUGUGGAAAGGCUGAUGGGGAGAUCAGGCAGGAGUAUCGCACUCCCUCCGGACGCCUGGCCAAGAAUGAAGAAAGCCAUGCCCUGUCCUGGGUUGUACCAGGCAAGAGCUGCAGGGACGCCAACGAGUGCCGUUUGAAGCACGAGUCUGUGCGGCUGGAGAAGCAGGUUAACAUUCACGGUCAGAAUACCAAAUGCUACUCCGUUGAGCCGGUUCUUCGCUGUCUGCCCGGCUGCUACCCCGUGAACACUAGCAAAGUCAACGUUGGGUUCCACUGCCUGCCCACUGAAGCUAACCUGAACACCGUGAACAUGUACGAGAGAAGCGAGGACCUGAGGGAAUACGCCGAUGCUCACACCGCCUGCAGAUGCACUGCUCAGUGCAUCUAAAUACGCUGCCUUUUGUCAGUCAAUUACAUCCUCUGUAUCUAACUUCAAAUAAA